GUACGCUUGGCCCUUCAUCUUCUCUGAAAUUUCUUUGGCUGAGAAUUCGAUUUCUCAGCUCGGAGAGAAGAGCAAUGGACCAGAUCUUGAACAAGGUUGGCUCCUACUGGAUCAACAAGAAGGCCAACAAGGAGAUCUCCUCCGUCGGCGAUGACAUCAACUCAAUCUCUACAAGCAUUGAAGGAGGGACAAAAUGGUUGGUCAAUAAAAUAAAAGGUAAAAUGCAGAAGCCAUUGCCCGAUCUGCUUCGGGAGUAUGAUUUGCCCAUUGGUCUCUUUCCACGAGACGCCACAAACUAUGAGUUCAAUGAAGAAACAAGGAAGCUCACUGUGUUCAUUCCCACCGUAUGUGAAGUUGGUUACAGGGACUCAUCUGUGCUGCGCUUCUUCACCAGUGUGAGUGGUUAUCUUGAGAAGGGAAAGUUCGCCGAUAUUGAAGGUUUGAAGACUAAAGUGCUGAUUUGGACCAAAGUGAGUUGUGUUACUACAGAAGGAUCAAAGGUUUACUUCACAACCGGAGUGAGGAAAACCAGGAGUAGAGAUGCUUAUGAGGUUCAAAGAGAUGGUAUCAGUGUGGAUAAGUUUUAGUGUGCCGUUGUACCUUUGUUCAGACUUGUUGAUCCUGAAGUUUAUGGAAACGAUGAUGGCUUGAAACUCAAAUAUGAAUGGCUCUUUCUAAACUUU